GCGGCGGCCGUGUCCAUGGCCACGGCGAUGGCGUCGCGGGUGGACGUGGGUCGGCUGGCCCAGGAGGCGGCGGCGCUGGCGGGCGUGGUGCGCGGCGCCCUGGGGCCCCGGGGCGGGCGGGCGCUGCUGGUGCGGCCCACGGGCGAGGCGCUGCUCACGCGGGACGGGCGGCGCCUGCUGGAGGCCCUCAGCCUGGAGCCGCCGACGGCCAGGAUGAUGGCGGCCUGCGCCUGCAGCCACCGCGCCGCGACGGGGGACGGCGCCAAGACGUUCGUGCUGCUGCUGGCCGGCGUGCUGGGCGGCCUGCGGGCGGCGGGCGGCGGCGGCCUGCGGCGGGCGCUGCGGGCCUUCGAGGCGCGGGUGCUGGAGCGGGCGGUGGCGGGCGGCCUGCGGCGGCACCUCCUCUCGGCGCUCCUCGGGCGGGAGGCGGCGCUGGAGGCGGUGCUGGAGGCCUACCUAUGCGGGCGGCUGGGGCCGGGCGAGCGGCGGCACCUGGCCCGGCUCUGCGCCGAGUACUGCCGCCGCUGCGCCCCCGCCGCCGGCCCCUGCCCGCAGGCCCUGCGCCUGCUGGGCCGCCGCUUCCCGCAGCUGCACGUCGCCGUGCCCGGCGUCCCCGUGGCGAGCUCCAGGGUCCUGCCCGGGCUCGUCCUCCGCAGGGACUUCGCGGCCUACUGCCCGGCGGGCGGGGAGCUGCGGGCCGUCCUGGUCACCCAGCCCCUCCGGCCGCCCCUGCCCGGCCCCGGCGGGCGGCUCGUGGUCAGCUCCGAGGAUCAGUACCGGGCCUCCCUGCGCUGGGUCUCCAGCAGGACAGAAGCCCUGAUGAAGCACUUGCAGAACAACAGCGUUAAACUGUUACUGUCAAGCGUGAAGCAAGCAGAAGAAGUUAUCUACUAUGCAAAAUUAUACGGCGUGUCUGUGGUGGAGUGCUUAUCGUCGGAAGAAAUGGCCCUCAUCUUUGAAAUUGCAGGGGUCUCACCAUACACACCUUUCGGUGAUAACAUACACAGAGAAAUAACUGAAACCGUACCGGUAACGUUUUGCCAGCCCUUGCUGCUCGGCUCAAAGAGGUGCGUUCACAUCGGCUUCACCAGCGUGUGUGCCUUUCAGCCCCAUUGCCUAAUUCUAUGUGGACCGGUCGACGGUGUUAAUGAGCAACAUGCUGCUGCUUUACAGGGUGCUUUUACAAUGCUGCAGCAGCUAUUUAAAAGAGUUGAUCAGAGGGAGGAAUGCAAAGCAGAAGGUGAAAGCCAGAACGAAGCCACAGAUGUUUGCGGCUGGUAUUUGCCAGCUACUCAGAAGCAAAUCAUGGUAGAAAAUAUUUCUUCUAACAGUAAUCAGGUUUCUGAUCAACAACUGAAACCAUGUAGGGAUGAAACACAGACACAGAUUGCAAACCCUGCCUUGCAGGGAAGUGAAAAUCUAGCAUGUGUGCAAACAAACUUGCAAAUACCCUCAAAUCCCAUCUCGCACGUCAAAGAAUUCAGUGUUGCCGCUGAAGGAGAUGGCUCUUCAAGAGACAUACAGAAACCGCAAGCGAAAUGCGAGUGUCCAGGUGAUGUGCAUGAGAACUAUAAAAAUGAUUUACUUCUGGACAAUCGAGAGAAUUACAGCCCUGCUGUAUCAGCAGGACAUAACACUAGUAUAGUCGCUGGGUGUGAAUGCCUAGACAUUGGCAAAGAUGUAGAGAAAACAAGUUGCAAUAUAGUUCCAUUCAAACAUGAAGAGAGUUGUGUAAGUAUUGCACAGGAUUAUUCCAGCUCCCUCAUAGAAGCAGGAUCAGUUUUGCCAGUAGGAGGUUACUUUGAAAUCCUGUUACAUUAUUAUAUUCAGUACUAUGCAAAACAGUGUCAGCAGCCAGAGGUAACUGUCAUAUCUAAUGUAGUUGCUGAUGCGUUGCUAAGUAUUCCCAAGUCCCUACACAGGACAACAGAACGAAACAGCUUUACCAAAUUCUAUCUCAAAGCCAUAAAUGCACUCAGAAAAAAUCAGCCGCUGCCUGUGAAUGAGAAAGGCUUAGAGUCAGUGUACUGCAAAUACCAGUUAGUUGUUUCAGUUCUUCAUUGCGUUACACAACUUCUCUCUGUAGAUUUAAUAAUUGGUGUUAAGCGUCCACUGCAAAAAAUUGAGGAUAGUGACUCAGAUGACGAUUUCUGAAAUCAUUAAUAAAGACUGUUUUGGUUAUGUG